GCUGUGAGGGCAGGGGGCGUUGGUGGUGGUGGUGGUGACGCUGGGGAGGCAGGGAUUUGUGUUACAUUGCUUUGGUCGGCACUGGUCAGUCUUGCCACACACUCUCCUAAUAGUGAUCAGUGCAUACUCCUGGCGGUGGUGGUGGUGGUGGUGUGAUUACAUUGUUUUGGCAGGGGCGCUGGGGAAGGAGGGAUUGGUGUUACAUUGUUUUAGUCAGCACUGGCCAGUCUUGCCACACACUCUCCUAAUAGCGAUCAGUGUUUGCAUAUUCCCAGCAGCUUCUUCCUCCAUCAAGCAGCACCAGAGAGACACAGCUACUUAAGGAAGGCUGACGACAUGGUGAGUGUGUGAAGCAAGUGUGUGAUCGCCUGUGCCUGGCCUGCCGCGUGCCCCGCCCCGCCCCGCACUCACCUGCCCGCUCCUGCCCCACAUCUGCUGGCUCUCUUGACGCUAGACACUCACUCCGAAGUCAUGCUGAGGGGAUGGUCAUGCUCGCCUCUCCUGCCUGGGAUUCACUGAGACCCCAACACGUGGUGGCCUGUCAGAACUCACCCUCCCUGACCUGUCACCCCAACCCUGUGACGCCCUCGCCCCCCCAACCUCCACCUCCACCACUCUGGUCACUUCUGCUUCAACCCCCUGUCGCUGCCACUACCUCGUCUCCACUAGUUUAAGGCUUACGUGUAACAAACUGCCGGGUAUUGGGCAGUGUGGUGCGAGAAGAAAGACAACCUGUAGUCGAACUGUGCUUGCUGAGUGAGUGUGGUGUUGGGAGCAGCCUGGCCAUGCUGCACCUUGAGGAGGGAGCGGCCAUGCCAGGCGGCCGCAGAAAGUCCAGAAAGCCUCAAAAAUGGGAAGACUUUGUAGCUGAUGAGGAGCAGCUCGCCUCCCUGGAGAAGGAGCUGGAGCAGGAGGAGGAGGCGCGCAAGCUGAGUGUGGAGGAGAUGGAUGAGGGGGAUGACUCGGAUGGAGAGGCAGCACUGAAGAUUGUGGUGGAAGAUGAGGAGAGUAUUGUCAAGGUGGAGGAGGAGGAGGAACGGCAGGAAGAAGAGGAACUGGAGCAGGUAGAGGAGACAAUGGAUGAAAAGGAUGUUGCAAAAGUAGAGAAUGGGGAAGGAGAGGCAGUGAAGGGGGAGAAAGAGGAGCCAGCCACCCCCAGCAUCAUUGGAGACUGUGUCACGUGUGGCAUCCAGCUGAGGGACUGGCCUGCCACACACAGCCACCUGCGUUUCCAUCGGCUCUCCCAUGUGCCAGACUGCAUCAGCAAGACCAAUGCUCACACCAAGAGAAUCAACUGUCAGGUGUGCCAGCGGUCAUGCCAGACACAGGAGGUGCUGGCUUACCACGCCUACACUGAGCACUACGUCAAGUUGCGCCAGGCCAAGACUUGCCCCUUCUGCUGUGCCUCCUUCUCCUGCCUUGAUGAGUUCCUGGACCACCUUGACAUCACCAACAUCUCCUUCAACUGCGAGAUGUGUGGCAUCUCCGUGACACAGGAGCACAAGUUCUACCAGCACAUUGUCUACUGCAGCAAAAAGACCUUCUCAGGACUCACCUCCCUCCCAUGCUGUGUGUGUGGUGCCGUGACAAAGAUCAACCGUCUGUAUGAUCAUCUUACCCACCACAGCACUCAGCUCAACCUGGCUUUCUACCUCUCCAACACCACCAAGGCGCCCAACAAGCGCAUGGUGGAGCCAUGCCCCCCCAAGCAACAAACACGCUUCCGUCCAUUCUUGUGUGAGAUGUGUGACAGGAGGUUCGUGGUGUACAGCGAGUACAAACGUCACAUCCACUCUCACAGCAAGUCCCGUGCCUACGUGUGCACCCACUGUGGCCGCAGCUACUGCCAGAAGAACACCCUUAUUGUGCACCUCUACUCCUACCACAAUGCUUCAGCCAAUGCUGAAGAGGUGAUGCCCAGGGAGGACACAUCACAAAGACGGUGUGAGGCGUGUGGACGCAUCGGGUUUGCGAAUGAGGAGCUGCUGGUGCGUCACUGUGUCAUGCGCUGCCCCAGGAGGAACAACCUGCAGGCAUCCUUUGCUGUCAUUAUUGCCAGCAUUGCCAAGAACCAGAACACCAGCUUUGCGGAGACCCUGCGCAGCCCAGCAAUGGUCACCUACCUCAAGUUGGGUCUGGAAGCCUGGCAGACUCCAGCCUUUGUGAGAGACUACCUUGGAGCCCUUCAAGCAGCUGCAUCCAAUCCGUCCAUGAACCUUCCCACCACCUCUGAUCUCACCAACGCCACUGCCAACAUCACCACCUCCAUCACCAGCAUCAUGACUGCCAGCACCACCACCACCAGUCGCAAAGAUUCAGUAGAGUUCACAGACAUUCAGCUCCUAGCUUACCUCAGUCAGUUUGAGGAGAAGAACCGGGAGGAGAGGGAACAGAUGAUGCUGAACUUGAAGGCAAAGGGUGACACCAAGUGGGAGGAAGGAAAGGUAGUCCCUCCAGAUGACACAGAGGAGGAAAUGGAGGAAGGUGGAGGGGAAGAAUCCUUGCUUCCCUUCCUGUGCACCACCACAUCCACUCCCUCCUCUCCACCCACCACUUCCUGCAGCCCCCCACUGCCCUACCCCACUGCAGCACCACAGAUCAACCAUGCCUCCCUCAUGCAACACCUGCGGCGGGGCACCGAGAGGCGCAGCGGCAAUGAGAAUGCACAGGGGGGAGGCCAAGGGGAGGUAGCCAGCUCAGUGGACAUCUGCCUGGUCACCUCCACCACCAACACGCAGGUCACCAUCACACCAGCGGGCCACCACCUCACCCAGGACAUCAGGCCCCCCAAGAUAGCAGAAGCCCUGACCCACAAGCCGUCCGUUGCAGAGAUCAAGGCCCAGUACCCAGGUGUCACUGUACUGGGGGAUGUGGACUUCUCCCGGGUGCCCUUCCUCCUGAUGGAGAUGAAGGAGUGCAUGAGUGACAGGCAUGAGAGGGCAAUGGAGGCAGCUGGCUUUACGCCGCAGGACAUGCAGAGACUGGAGGUGGAGGCUCAGCUACUGCGGGAAGCUGAGCCAUUUUAUUUUGAGGAGCAUCCAAGCAAGGGAAACAAAGAUGACAAGAACUGCUUCACUGCCCCUCCCAGCCCCACCACCCUGCAGCGCCUCACUGCAGAGAUUGAUGCCAUGUAUGAAGGUGGCAGGAAGGAAAAUGACAUGCUCUCCUCCCCACUAAGUGCUGAUUCUACUCAAAACAAGAUGAAGGAAGAAAACACCCAAGACAGCAAUGCCUGCCAAGCACACACAGACUCCCCAUCCCACUCCCCUUGCAGGAAAAGAGCUAAAGUGGAGACGGAGAUGGAUCCUAGAAGCCCUCCUCCUGAAAAGGGUGGUGGUGGUGGUGGUGGUGGUGGUGGUGGUGGUGGUCUCUCCUCAACUGGCCAAGAAUCCCUCCCUCCCAAGCAGCUGAUAGAUCGACUACUCAGAGAAGCUCAGGCGCUGGCUGAGGGCUGAGUGGCCACCGUACGCACACCAUGACUCAAGUGUUCAUAGUUCUUAAGGAUGUUGUUGACAGAUCUGAACGAGGCUUUGCAAUCGUUGAUGCUUAUUUUUAUACUGUUGUAAGUUGGAAGGUUAGAUGUGAACUUACCGGUGAAACUUGCCAUUCAUACUCAUCUCUCUACAUAUCAAAUCUGGCUAUCCUAGGGCAGUUUUUGUCAUACAUUCUUAUUGUGCAAUGACAUGUCAGAUCUGAAUCUCAUGCAUCAGCCCUUUUUUCUCCAACUUUUUGACAAUAUGAGGUCUGAUUGCACACCAAUGUUCCUGUCAGUCAGCAUUUUGUACAAUAAAUAUCAGACCUCUGCUGCA